AGACGAAUUGACAAAUUCAAUAAUAUUACAUGCAUAAUAUUCAAGAUCAGAGUUCAUUGACAAGUAAUCGCAGAAUAUGUGUUUGGGUACGAAAAAUUGUGCUUCAGCGUGCAGAGAAUAUCCUUAUUGUUUUUGUUCCAUUCUUUUCUUCUUGACAAGCGUGUGUCGUUGGAGAGGAAUUAUUAGCGGCAACGCCAAUGGUAAUUCAAAGUAUCGGAAAAAACCUAUCCCUGGAGUGCCAGCUUCCAAAUUAUGGAAAUUACCCUACUCGUUGGUCGACAGUUGACCGUGAUCUAGUCACUAAUUUAACGACCGAAGAUGGAACCGAGCUCGUUGUCCAGAACAAUCGAUACGGUUUAGUUAAGAACGCGGCCCGAUCAACGACGACAUUUACGAUUAAAAAUUUCCAAAGAGAAGAUACGGGACUCUAUCGUUGCGAGGUAGGGCAGCUGAAUAGCCCUGGGUUGUUAUAUGACGUCAACGUGGGAGUUCGAGAAUAACCGAGUUCAAUGAUGUUUUGAUGUUUCCG